UACAAGAAAUUCUGAGUCAUACAGAUCCAGGAAAUCUAAUAGCAUGCAUUAGUACACCUACAGUAUUCGUAAAACUAAAGUCAAUGAUAGAAAGUUUAAAUCGAUCAAUUUAUUUAUUCGAAUUUGAUACCCGAUUUGAUAUUUAUGGAAAUAAUUUCAUCAAAUAUGAUUAUAUGAAUCCUACCAAAUUUCAAGAAGCAUCCAAAUUUCGUAAUAAGUUUGAUUUUAUUAUGAUUGAUCCACCAUUUUUAAGUGAAGACUGUUGUACAAAGUCCAUUAUUACUACUAGAUGGCUUGGAAAAGAAGAUUGUAAAAUUUUAUUAUGUACAGGGGCCAUUAUGCGAGAUUUUGUUAAUCGAUUAAUUAAGGCUCAUAUGACAACUUUUUAUCCUCUACAUAAGGGUGGAUUAGCAAAUGAAUUUCGUUGUUACAUUAAUUAUGAAAGCAAAAAUAUAAAAUUUGAAAAAGAUCAAUUUGAAUUAGAGUCAAGUUUGUGA